AUGACGACCUCGGCGCUCGCCGCGCUCAACGCGCAGGCCAUCACCAGCGAAGUCCAUCGGAACAUGCGCGUGCAGGAGAGCCAGUUGCAGCUGGCCCAAUAUUGUGGGCCCCUCGCGGACCUGCGACCCCGCUGUGUCCAGCGUAUUCAUCGUCUCGCACGCGCCUUUCGCUUCCACCGCCUAACCCGGGAUGCCGCCAUCUUCUACUUUGAUCGCAUGCUCUUUCUCUUCCACAUGCACGAGUCCCACCUCGAGCUGGCCGUUCAGACUGCUUUUUUGAUGGCUGCCAAAUGUCAAGAGGCUGAGGAAGUGGUGCCGACACACCAUGAUUUACAUCGCGCCGGCUGUGCAGUAGUGCCCACUGCCCAUCUCAAAGCCUUUGAAGCCUCCUACCUCGAGCGAGUGGAUUGGAUCUUGACCUCGGUCACGCCGUCCGACUUUCUGGAUUACUAUGCGCGCUUCAGCAUCUCCAGCCAAGAUUGCCUGGCUGGCUUGCCCUUGCACAAUGUCCACAACGUUGAGGCGUUUACUCUUGAUUUAGCCGACCAGGUGCUACAAGAGGCCAGCAUGGCCAACCACGUCGCCACCUUUUUGCCCUCCCAUCGUGCAGCCGCUGCCAUCACGACGGCUCGCCUGAUCGUGGACAUCAAACCUGCUUGGUCGCCGACCCUCCAAGCCGUCUCUGGCCUGACCUGGAGAGAGAUCAGCCCCUGCGUUGAUGCCAUGUUGCAGCUCAACUUGAACCCUAGUUGCCACCGCGAGAUGGCCGCUCUGCGCCAAUGCCUACAGCAUCAGGAAGCUGAGCCCGCGUGCCGUUCUCCCCACGCAGAACGCACGCUCUCCAUGGACAGCGGCAUUUGGAGCGCCCCCGAGAGCCCGAUGUGCGCCGACGAUAGCGUCUUUGACGACCCCCUGCUAGAGUCAAGCCACGUGCACCCGACCCACACACAGCGAGAAACCCAACCCGUGCACCAGCUACAGCAAUGCUCAACACGGCACAAACUCGACCCAGCGGCCCACCACCUGCCCCAUACGCCCACGAAGCAGUUCAGGGUUACCUAUGGUCAGCCAGCGGUGGCGCAUGCUCCUGUCCGCGCCCUGCGCUUGGGUGCUCACGUGCCCCUGCAGCGCCCUCCAACCGACCAACUUCUGACCCGGCCCGUAGCUCGCUACCCCGACAGCUUGCUGGCCCGUGCCUUUCGUGAUUUGAUAGUCUGA